AUGUCAAAGCGUCGCAGGGAACAGGAGCAUUUUACCCUCCCCUUUUCCAAACGACUCCGGGAAUCUGCGGGCAUUCCCAUUGACCGUCUGUCAUCUCUAAGCAACGAACUUCUACUCCACAUAUUGUCGUUUCUUCCGAUUUCAUCACUCAGUGUGUGUCAAAGACUAUCUCGUCGUUUCCAUGCCCUCAGUGGGGACUCGGAGCUCUGGAAGAGACAAUAUUAUACCCAAUGGGUGCGACCUCGAGCCCGUCGCCUGGCGAGUGUCAGGCGCUCAACAUUGCCGACUCGGACUGAAUAUUCACCCAAGGUCUCGACAUGGCUUGACCAUGGCCAUUUGGCUGAAGAGGGAAAGGUGACGAAUUGGAAAGGACAGUAUCGUCUCCGGCAUAACUGGUCGCGCGGGACUUGUCGAUUUAGAGAAGUCGAGCUUCCGCCACAGCCAUUUCCCCCGGUAUUAGCCAAGUUAUGUGGAGCAUUCGUCUUCACGGCAGACUCCACGCAUGGACUUCGGGCCUGGGCGGCAAGGGAACCUGAAAUCUGUCUGGCAAAAGCUUCGUUCUCAGGCCAGGCAGGGUCAUCGGAGAUGCUUCCGACAGCCCUUGCGGUGAGCCACUCAGAGGACAGCCAGGAAAUUGUCGUGGGGUUUGAGAACGGCCAUUUUCACCGCUAUAUUAUGAAUACCGAAACGUCUCAGCUCGUCCUACAAUCCUCUGACUCCAGCUCUAGCAGUGGCGCAAUCACCGCCAUGGCCCUCUCAUCGCCAUACCUCUUGAUGGUUUCCCAGAAUAAAAUUCUGUCAUUACAUACCCUUCAAACUGGACCACGUGGUCCAGAGACUCCCGGCGGGGCUGAGAGCUCACGCGAGCUGGCCUCCCUCAAAGCGGAUAACAUGGUUGCUCCAAUGACACUUUGUCUUCGAAAAUCAACUUUGGACAUUGUGGCUACCGUCGUGUACAGCUUUUUUCACAUCGGCUGUGGAUGGUCUCUGGGGAUCCAGGAGUUACGGUUCGACAAAACCGGCCGGCAGCUCGAGUCCCGACUUACGAGUACUGUUGAUUCACAAUACGGAAUUCGACCGCUGCAAGGCAUGUUGCCAUCUGCCACGAGACGUAUUUCCACUACAACCGGACAGAUAGGUGACGGAGGCGCUACAGUCCCAACCACCGCAGCAAUAUUGCACAAACAGCCACCAACGUCCAUGUCCUACUCUCAUCCCUAUCUCCUGACCUCUCACGCCGACAAUACGUUGACUAUGUACCUCGUGGUCUCGAAUUCAGAUAGCCUGUUUGUUCGAGGCGGCCAGCGUCUCUGGGGCCACACGUCUUCCGUAUCCACUGUCCAGGUAAAAAACCGAGGGAAGGCAGUCUCGGUGAGCUCUCGAGGCAACGAGGUACGAGUUUGGGAACUCGAGACGGCCGUUCCUUCACUAGGUACACGCAGGCCUCUGAGGGAAGAAAGUAGCAUCCAGAUCAACCCUGAAAAUAAACGGGAGAACUGUCGGACAGAAGCGGGCGAUUUGGAUGCGAGUUCCGAUAACUCACGAGAGAUGUCCUGUGGGCGAGAGUGCAUUGGCUUUGACGAAGAACGGGUCUUCCUCCUUCGAGAAAGGACAAUUGGCACGCAGCUACUGGAAUGUUAUGAUUUUACGUGA